AUGGCUGCCCCUGCGGUUGACAUCCGUGUCAUCUCCGCGUUCACUACGGUUCCUGAAGCCUCGCUCACUUCAUUGCUCGACAAUCCCACGACCGACCUGGUCCAGUCACUCUUGAACAGCAUCGAGGCCAAAGCCAAAGAAUUUGAACAAAGCAAGUCGCAAAAGGUCAAGCUUGAAGUCGAGCUCGAAACUGUUGUGAGGACAAAUGAAUCCAAAACGAAAGUCUUACAGAAUUCAAGAGACAAGGCCCUCGCCGAGUCGUCAAAACUACGCGUCGAACUACAGACAUCUGAAAAUGCCCGAUCGCGACUGGAAACGGAGCUGGAGCAGUAUCGCUCCGCAGCCGCCAAUGAGACCUCAGAAACCAAUACCUUGAAAGCUCGUAUCGCCUCCCUCGAAUCAGCCAACCGUGACACUCUUGGUCUUCUCGAGUCAAAGACAAGCUCAUAUGAAAAUCUGUCCCAAGAGCUUUCUGCUCAGCAUCAGAAAGGUGUCGAGUUACGUAAACAGAUCACUACUCUCGAACAAUUGGUCCAGACUGCAAACUCUAGUGUGGCUUCUGCCAAGUUCAAAGAGCAGAGUCUUCAGCAGGAGGUCGAAAUGCUCAAAAAGAACAAUGAAUGGCUCGAGAAUGAACGCAAGAUCAAGGGCGAAGAACACACCACGUUCAGGAAGGAGAAAAACGCUCGUAUUUCAGAGUUGUCUAGAUCCAACGAGCAAUAUAUUUCUGAAAUCGAGACCCUAAGACGAUUAGAGACUUCCCUGAAGAACCGACUCGAAGACCAGACAUCCAAGUUCGAGAAUCUAUUGGAGGAGAAGCAGAAAAUCCAAGAGGAGCACAUGUCAUCUGAAGAUGCCUUGAGGAGAGAAGUGGAUGCCACCAAGCGUCUUGCAGAUUUGCAGCAAGCCACAGCCGAGACGGCUAGAGAACGAGUCCAAGAGCUAUCGGUUGCGCUCGACGAAGCUCGUGCCGAUGCCGCAGAUGAAAUCGGUGCACUCCGUGCGGAAAGUGAGACUGAGCAUGUCGAUAAACUGGCCGCAGAAGAACGCGUAGCUGAGCUUGAGAACGCCUUGGAACAAUUGAGGACUGAGCUCGAGGAAACCCGAGCUCGACCAAGCACUCCACUACGCCCUAUUAACGGGACCGGCUUCUCCACGCCAUUACGACCAGGCACUCCUGGUGGCAUCUUCUCGCCUAGCACCAUCUCGAGACCCAAGGCUCAGAUGACGAUGACUCAACUGUUUAGCGAAUACAAGAAACUCGAAGGUGAAUUGGUCUCCGAGAAACGUGCGAAUGAACAACUUCGUUCGAAUUUGGACGCCAUGGUUGAGGAGCUUGAGAACAACAAACCCGAGAUCGAGGAGUUGCGAAUGGAUCAUGACCGUUUACAGAGCGAGGUUGUGGAAAUGUCAAACAUCGUUGAACAGGCAAACAGCGCUCGCGACCGCGCCGCAAAGGAGUUGAGAACCGUUCAAGGCCAAUUUGAAAGCAAAUCGAAGGAAACUCAAGUUCUCGCUCAGCAGCUUCGUGAUCUAGGGACUCAGAUUCGCUUCUUGCUCAUCGAGCAACACGUCAAGGAGCAUGGUGGUGGUAUGACCCGAGAGGAUUUCGACCAACUUGAGAUGCAAGCCAAUCAAGCAAUGACAGAAGAUAUGGCAAAUCUUUCUGAGACGCAGCAGGUCAUCAAUCAACGACUCAUCGCCUUCAAGAAUAUCGCUGAGCUCCAACGUCAGAAUGAGGACCAAUUAAAGACCAUCCGCAAUCUAGUCACGGAACUCGAAAGUAAUGAAGCCAAAGAAAAGGAACAACAAAAUCAUGCCUUGCAACAAGAGCUGGAGAAUGCUCGUCAAAGUAUUGCCAGUUAUAAAGAUGAGCUCAAAUCGCAAAUGGCACAAAGCAAGAGUUUUGCAAAGGAGCGUGACAUGCUCCGUAACAUGCUGACCAGACGGGGACAGUUUCCUGGGGGCGUUCAACCAAAUGAUUUCUCCAAAUCUCUUCCUAUCCCUCCGGCCGAGUCACCUGCUUCUGUCUCUGGCGAGUCUGAUUACGCCAAACUGCUUAAGGACGUGCAGCAUCACUUUGAUUCUUUCAGACAGGAGUCUUUGACGGAUCGCACCUCGCUCAAAGCUCAAGUUGACGAACUCAGUCGGAAGAACUCUCAAUUGCAGACCGACAUCAGUCGAACGGUCGGUCAACUCACAGCGGCAAAUCAACGCUACGAGAUGCUCCAAUUGAACUACAAUUCACUCAAGGCCGAAAACGGCGAGAUUCAGAAGCGAUCAUGGACUGCUAUGGAGAAUGCCACUAAACAAGAGCUCAAAACCCAACAGGUUGCGGAGGAGCUGGUUGAAGCCCGUGGCCUCCUCGAUAGCUUACGCCGCGACUCGGCAAAUUUGAAGGCAGAGAAAGAUCUCUGGAAGAGUGUUGAGAGAAGACUCAUUGAGGAUAAUGAAUCUCUCCGCAAUGAACGCAGUCGCCUGGACUCGUUGAAUGCUAGUCUUCAGACCAUGAUCAAUGAACGUGAACAGACUGACGCUGAGAGCCGACGCAGACUGCAAUCGCAGACAGAAAGUCUAGAGUCAGAGCUCCAAUCCGUCAAGAGGAAACUUAACGACGAGUUAGAGGAGGGCAAAAAAUUAUCACUCCGACGUGAGUACGAGCACGAUCAGAGUCAGAAGCGAAUCGAUGAUCUAGUUACAAGUCUAAGCUCCACAAAGGAGGAAUUGGCAUCAGCGAAGACCGCUAGAGAACACCUUCAAGCAAGGGUGGACGAAUUGACGGUUGAGCUCCGCUCGGCAGAGGAAAGACUUGAGGUGCUCACACGUCCUGCCGAACCCGCGGGCGAUGCCACUACUGAGCAAGCCUCCUUGACCAGAGAACAGGAGUUGGAGGUUGAGAUUUCAGAGCUCAAACGUGAUCUCGAGCUCAAAGUGUCAGAGCUUGAAAGAGCCAAUGAACAGGUCGAGGUUUACAAGAACAUCAGCCAAUCUAGUGAAGAACGACUACAAGAGCUCAGUGAAACAAAUGAACAAUACCGCGAGGAGACUGAAGCAGCUCUUGCCGAGAAAGACUCCAAGAUCAAGGAUCUUGAGCAACGCAUUGAGGAUAUUUCGGCUGAACUCAAUACGACAAACUCAGAGCUCUCACGUCUUCGUGACGAGCAGGCAGAAGCUGACCGAAGACUAGAUGAUCAGAGAUCUCGUUUCAAUGCCGAGAUUGAACGCCUGAAAGAGGAAGCACAGAAAAGUGCCGAGCAGGCCCAAUUCAACCUCGAAGCCUCUAAGAUACAGGCACAAAUUGCGACCGAAGCUCAACAAAACUACGAAAGUGAACUCGUCAAGCACGGCGAAGCAGCCAAGACUUUGCAAAGCAUCCGUGACGAUGCCAAUCAAUUGCGAUUGCAAAUGGUUGAUUUGAAGACUCAAGCUGAGACAUCAAGAGCAAAUCUGGAGCAGAAAUCUAGCAGCUGGGAUGAAAUGAAGGACCGGUUCGAGCGAGAAAUAGCCGAUCUGAAGAAGCGACGGGACGAGGUAUCGCAACAGAACAACCUUCUGCAUGGCCAACUUGAGAGUGUGACUCAGCAGAUCACGGCGCUUCAACGUGACCGUGCCGCCUUAAGCGAGGGACAAACUGGCGAGCCUCCUGUGCAGACGACUGCCGAAUUGGAUAAACUACAAGAGGUCAUCACCUAUCUCCGUCGCGAAAAAGACAUCGUGGACGUGCAGUACCAGCUGUCCACGCAGGAAGCCAAGAGAUUGAGACAGCAGCUUGACUUUGCACAGUCGCAGCUCGAUGAAACCCGGCUCAAGCUCGAUCAACAGCGCCGUGCCGAAGCUGAUGCAGAACGGAAUGCUUUGAGUCAUAAUAAAUUGAUGGAAACUUUGAACGAACUCAAUCUUUUCAGGGAAAGCAGUGUCACUCUGCGUGCUGAGGCAAAGCAAGCAGCCCAGGGUCUUUCAGAAAAAUCGAAGAGAGUUGAGGAGCUUGAAGGAGAGCUACAGACAUUGAAUGCUCGUGUAGCGGAAUUGGAGAGUUUGGUCGAAUUGCGAGAGGGCGAGUUGAAAUUGAGCCAAGAGGAUCGAGAUCAUUGGCAACAACGAACUCAAAAUAUUCUAUCAAAGUAUGAUCGCGUUGAUCCUGCAGAGCUGGAAGCUUUGAAGGAGAACUUGGCUUCUCUGGAAUCUGAACGCGACCAGGCUCGUAGUGAGCUGAGUGAUGCAGCAGCAGAACGGGAUCAAGCCAGAGCUGAACUGCAGGCACAAAUUGACGGACAGCAGGCAGCAAUUAAAGAAUCCAACGCCGACCUCAGAUCGCGACUAAGUACCCAGUUCAAGGAAGUCGUUCAAAAGAAUAAGGCUGCCUUGAAUGAAGUGAAGGCUCAACUUGACACGGCAUUGGGUGAAAAGGAAGCCCUUCAGACUGAGCUUGAUUCUACGAAAGAACAACUGGAAACCUCUCAGACAGAAGCCGCCGCAGCCCCUCAAACUGAAAUCAAUGGUGACCACGGGAAGCCCUCCGUUGAAGCAUCAGUCAGUGGCGACCGCAUUGCUGAGCUGGAGGCAAAGGUCAGCGAGCUUCAAACUGCUCUGGCCGCAAAAGAGAAGGAAGUCGAAGACCUUCAAUCCACACAGGAGGAGAAAUUCAAACACCGUGUCGCCGCAAUGGAAAAAGUGCUUAACGGGCGCCUGAAGGAGGUGAAGCAAGAAGCCCAGCAAACCAAAGCCACUGCUCUGGAAGAGUUGGCAGCCAGACUUACGGCUCAGCAUCAGCAAGAGCUUGAAUCUACUAGGUCUCAAACCACCCCUACGGCACCUGAAUCGCAUUCGCCUACGAAUGAGACGUCGCAAUAUGCAGUACCCGAACCACAAAGGCCGACCGAUGAUAAUACCGAAUCGACUCCUUCUGCAGUGAACGUUGAAUCUCUUUCGAAUGAAGCAUUAAGUGCGGCAGUCACCAAACCGCAGCUUGUGUAUCUGGCCAAGUCCAACCAGAUACUAAAGGAGCUUGUAAGCAAUACCAUCUUGAAACGAGUGGAGCAGGAGAGGCAAACCUUACAGAAAAAGUUCGAGGAGACGACAAAAGCCCAAAGUGAACAUCCAGUUCCUGAGCACGGCGAAGAGCUCGAGCAGAAACUCCAAGCUCAGAGAGAAGCGAUCAUUCAGGAGGAAGAGACCAAAUUCAAUCAAGAAAAAGAAAACCUCAUCCAACAACAUGAAGAUUCACUCGCUCGCGAAAAGCAAUCUCUGAUCAUUAAGCACCAAGAGGAGCUUACCUCGCAAAAGCUUCAAUUCGACGAAGACUCAUCAAAGAAAAUCGCAGAGCAAAUCAAGAAUGCCGAACUACUUUGGGAGAAACGUGGUGCAGUCAAGCUCAACAUGGCGCAGAGGAGCGCGCAAUUAGCCAAUGCCAAGGUUGAAGUUGUGAAGAAGGCCGCCGAAGAGACGCCCACUAAACCGGUCAGCGAAGUGUGGGAAAUCGCUAAAGAUGCGAAGCCACCAGCUCCUCAGCCCAAACCUGCAACUACUCCUGCCGUUGUACCAGUCCCUGCUUCGAAUCCUUUGCCGGCACUCGCGGCUUCUGCAACAUCGCAACCAAAUCCUCAGGCCGACUCGAAGCCAAAUGCAGAUGUAGCCAUACAACCCGCACAGUCUGCAACUGAAGAAUCUGCCGUGGAGACCAAGGUAACCGCAACAGCAGCUAAUGAUAAACCCACCCCACAGGUCCCCGCUGCUGAACCCGUAAAGCAACUUCAACAGACUCAAGGUCCAAAUGCAUUGCAACAGCUGCAGUCAGGCAUACCACGAGGAGGAGCAUUCCGUGGUCGUGGUGGCAGCGGUAUCCCUAGAGGACGGGGCGGUGCCCCUCGUGGAGGGGGACGUGGGGGGGCUCAGGCCGGUCCGGGCGGCAACCCACAGCAAUCAACUCGCGGUGGACAUGGACCAGGAAGUCCUAGUCGCGGGAAUCUCAAUCCUCAAGCCGCUCAAUUUACGCCAGGAGGGAAUAAGAGAGCUCGGGAUGAUGGAGGAGGGGAUGAUGCCAACCAAGGCAAAAGAUUCCGCGGAGAGACAGGGGCAGCUUGA